UAAGAUUUUGAUCCAACGGCCCGGAACAAAUCAUAGAAUUGACGGCUGUGGGAGCUUCAAGGGCUGGGGAAGAUUGAGAAAGCCCGGGCUAUGGAGGGAGAGAGCGAGGGCGAGGUUUCGAUGUCGCAGAGGGAAGCAGGGAUUUCGCCAGCGGUUUCUCCAGGUGAUGAGAGCGGCACCAAUGCGGGCUCGGCGCUAGCGAAGGAAGCGGCGGCUCUCUACGAGAAGAAAUCCUACCAAGAAUGCUUGAGCCUGCUCCAGCAAAUUCUCGCCAAGAAGGAGAGUGAUCCCAAGGUUAUUCACAAUAUCGCAUUGGCAGAGUUCUACCGGGAUGGCUGCACAGAUCCCUACAAGCUGCUCGAUGUUUUGGAACAGGUUAAGCAGAGGAAAUGCGAAGAGCUUGCUCGAGCUGCCGACGAGCAACUGGAAGGAAUUGGGAACAACGUUGCUAGUCCGAAUGGUUCUACUACUGGGAAUACCAUCGUCAAGCCCUCCCCUCCAGAAGGAUCCUACAUUGAAGAUUACGAUCUCUCCAUUCCCACCUUGAAUACUGCUAUUGUUUACUACCAUUUGAAGCAGUAUGCUUCCGCUUUUCAUGUGGUAGAGCCUCUUUUUGCGAACAUAGAACCCGUCGAUGAGAGCUGUGCACUACAAAUAUGUCUCUUGAUGCUGGAUAUCGCAUUAGCCUCUCGAAAGGCUGAGAGUGCCGCGCUCGUACUGCACUAUGUAGAAAAAUCUUACGGACUAGGACAAUCCGGCCUGGAGAACGCGGCAAAUGUCCAGCAGUUGUCUGUGGUAGCUCCAACUUUAGCAGCGUCAUCUGUUCUUGAUGGGAAGUAUCUGGGCAUCACUUCAUCCCCUGCACCUCCUCUCGUGACAAGCCCCAUUGGCGAAGGCUCCUCCUUGACUCAGGGCUCUGGAGAAGAGACGUUCGAAGAGGAUGCUCUUAGUAUCGGGUUGGAAAUCGAUGGCUCUCACAGCGUUCGAAGCCUACCGACUAGGGUACCGGCGAUCGAGAAAUCUCAUCCGGCUCCCGGGACGGAGCUUAAGCUGCUGAUGCAUCUCUACAGGGUGCGGUUUCUACUUCUGACGCACUGUUUGAAGACUGUGAAACGGGAAGUCAAGUCAGCUCUGAACUUGUCGAAGGACAACAUCACUGCGCUGCUUCUCAAGGCCCAGUUGGAGUAUUUGCGUGGCAACUAUCGGAAAGCCAUGAAGCUUUUGACAACCUGCAUUGCUCGUGCCGAGAAUGCCGUCGUUCCUAUGAUCCUCUCCAACCUCGGCUGCGUUUACCAUUAUCUGAGGAAGGAUCAAACGGCAGCGCUGUUCUUCGCCAAGGCCUUGCAAAGAUACUCAUCCAUGAGCAAGGAAAGGCCUCUGAAACUCACGACCUUUUCGCAAGACAAGUCGCUAUCAGUCUACUACAACUGUGGGGUGGUCCAGCUACUCAGUGGGAAUCCCGUCAUGGCUUCACGUUUGCUGCAAGAAUCAUACUCGAUGUUCUACACCAGGCCACUAUUCUGGCUUCGGCUCGCGGAGUGUUGUAUAUCAGCGCUGGAGAAGGGGCUGCUCACAGAUGUUUCAGCCAGGAAGGAAGAAGUGAAAGUAGUGGUGGUCGGAAAGGGGAAGUUUCGAAGGCUGGUUCUUCCAUCCGGCGGCUCAAAUCCAUCACUGGUGAGUGGCACUCAGCCAGACAACGUGGACGGAGUUUUUCCUCAGGAUGGCAAAGAAGGGAAGCCGAUCACUCUCUCGAUGGCGAUAGCAAAGAGAUUUUUGCAGUACGCGUUUCUUCUGCUGGAGCGUGAUGGAAAACCGGAAGAGCUGGCUGCUGGUACUGAGACUGAGGCUCUGGUGAUGGGAAACUCCGAAGUUUCACCAAGCAGCGGGGGACAGGAAGGAAGAGAUGCUGCCGCGACGUUAGCUUCGUUUACUGCCGAAGAAAAGCUGGAGGCAGCGAUGAUCAGAGUUUGCGUGCUAGUGGACCUGGCCUUUGUGGAGCUUUGCCUGGAAAACCCGCUAGCGGCUCUAAGCAACGCCGAGGCAGCGCUCCAACAGCAUCACGUCACGAAGGCUUACAGCUUUCUCGCGCACGUCUACGCCGCCGAGGCCCUCUGCCUGCUGGACCGGAUCAAGGAAGCCGAGGGGCAUUUGGAGAAGUGUAUGAUGGAUUGGACGAGCAGCAGCGGUGAUUUCCUAGAGGAGGACACAGCAGCGGCAGCUCAGAAGAACGGUGAUCACAACAAUGGCGACGCGAGCAGUGGUGGCGAAGAUGGAAGCACCAGGAACCUGAAGGAACAGGUGAACUUCGCGAGGUUCACGGGAACCCAAGCUCGCGCGUCGCUCUACGUGAACUUCGCCGCGAUUCAUGCGAUGCAAGGGGAGCUCCUCCAGGCCAGGCAAUGCGCGCUCCAGGCUCUUGCCAUCGCUCCCGGGAGUAGCAUGGCUGUUCUAGCGAUGGUUUACGUCGAGCUCUCGCAGGGAAGAACCAAAGAGGCCGUGACGAUGCUCAAGCGCUGCCGGCGAUUAUCAGUAUCGAGGCUGGGCGCUCGCGCUGGAAUGUAGGAAUGGGAUUUUUUUCUUCUUCUAGGGCGAUUUCAGCUGAAACAAAACGGUGGAGAGAAAUGUGGGGUCGGUUAUCUCCAUUUUCACGUGAAUUUGUUUGUGCUUACACGUGUCCCAUGGAAUCUUUUGAUCGGACGAUGGAUGGCAUCUGUGAAAGGCU